AUGAUGAAAGGAGGGUCUGAAGUAGUUCAUCAACUUGAUCAUAGUAUUAUACAACAACCCAAUGAACAAUGGGAUUCAUGUGCUAGUCAUGAUCUUGUUCGAUUUCCUGGAAUUACUUCUGCCCCUAAUUUUCCCUCCAAGCCAAUAACCGAAAAUCGCGCCAAUAAUCCUGAAAGAAAUGAACUUUCCCAGUGGGUUGAGCAUGUCACUAGGCAACUCAUUGAAGAUUUGCCUGAAAAUUAUGAAACGCAAGCAGGCUUACAGACUAAUGGUAAUGAGAUCCCCGCACUAUUGGGAGAGCUAAGGCCUAAGAAAAUUGCACGAAGAAAUUCUUCUGAGGGCAUUGAAGGACAGCAACAACAACAACAACAUCAAUGGAACUCCACUCAUGAUGAUCAUCUCGCGAACAGAAAUGAGACGGGGGCUAAAGGAAUAAGUGGACUAGAUGAUCAAGGACUAAACUUGAUCACUCUUCUAUUGGAAUGUGCUGUUGCUAUAUCAGUAGAUAAUUUGGGAGAAGCUCAUAGAAUGUUACUUGAGUUAACACAAGUAGCAUCACCAUAUGGACCAUCUUGUGCUGAAAGAGUAGUGGCUUACUUUGCCAAAGCAAUGGCUAGUAGAGUCAUCAACUCAUGGCUAGGAAUAUGUUCCCCUUUGAUCAAUCACAAGAGUGUCCAUAGUGCUUUUCAAUUCUUCAACAAUAUCUCACCAUUCAUAAAAUUUGCACAUUUCACUUCCAACCAAGCAAUUCUUGAGGCAUUCCAUCGUCGAGACAGAGUCCAUAUCAUUGAUGUGGACAUCAUGCAAGGUCUACAAUGGCCAGCUCUGUUUCAUAUCCUCGCCACUCGCAUGGAAGGCCCUCCACAUGUUACAAUGACAGGAAUGGGGACAUCAAUGGAACUUUUGAUUGAGACAGGGAAACAACUUUCCAAUUUCGCCAAACGCCUUGGUAUGUCCUUUGAGUUCCAUCCAAUAGGGGGGAAAACAGGGGAAAUCGACAUAUCCAACUUCAAAAUUAGCAGGGGAGAAUCUAUAGCCAUACAUUGGGUGCAACACUCUUUGUAUGAUGCCACUGGCCCUGAUUGGAAAACAAUGAGACUUCUCCAAGCACUAUCACCAAGAGUUGUGACACUAGUAGAACAAGAAAUAGCACUAGGGGGUAGUUUCUUGGACCGAUUCGUGGGAUCCCUCCAUUACUACUCAACCAUAUUCGACUCGUUAGGAGCUUUCUUGGAGAGUGAUGAUUCAAGCAGACAUAGUGUGGAACAUGGCCUGCUUUACAGAGAAAUCAAUAACAUAUUAGCAAUUGGAGGGCCAGCAAGAAAUGGGGAGGAUAAGUUUAGGCAUUGGAGAAGUGAACUAUCAAAAAAUGGAUUCAUGCAAGUGCCAAUGAGUACAAAUUCAAUGGCACAAGCUCAAUUGAUACUAAAUAUGUUCCCACCAGCUCAUGGUUAUAGCCUAGUGCAAGGUGAUGGAACAUUAAGACUAGGGUGGAAGGAUACUAGUUUGUUUACUGCAUCUGCAUGGACCUCUCCAAAUUCUAGAUAA